CAUCGGAUUGCACGCAUGUACCAGUAACUUAUGACUAAGCCGUGCCUGUGCUUUGUUUACAACUGUGAUUUUCAUCAUGAGCUCGCUCAAGACUCUCUCAGUGUUGUUAUUAGUGCAAUUAAUAUGUCAGUGCUCACAGGGGCAGCAGAAGCCAAAGUUCUUCCGGAAAGACUACACUUUCAUAGAGGAGUCCCAGGCAUUUUAUAAAAUACAUACGAUACACAGGACAUGGCCAGAUGCGAGGAAGAGAUGCGCCAUGGAGGGGGCCAGUUUGUUCUACGCUGAAGAUGAGGUUGAGGCGGACGCUGUGAUGGGUUUGUGGAAUAGGACACAACCGUUUUCGUGGGUGUAUGUUGGAAUUUCGGAUUUGUUGGCGAAAGGAGUUUGGGAAACAAUUGACGGUCGUCCAAUACUAGACGUGUUCAGCAACUGGGGUCCCGGCGAGCCGAACGACGCGAACAACGUCGAAGACUGCGUGAUCUGGCGGCGCGACAACUCGCUCAACGACGACCGUUGCGACCACAAAUACCCCUUCAUCUGCAAGAAAAGCCUGCUCGAUCUGGAUUGGAACACGCUUUGUGAUAUGCCUGAUCCCAGUUACCACUACAAUAAGGAUUUUGGCAAAUGCUACAAGUUCCACCUCUCCCCAAUGAACUGGACGGACGCCCACGCCGUGUGCAGCGCAGAACAGUCGUAUUUAGCCAUCAUCAACAGCCAAUCGGAGGCUGACUAUCUGGUCAAGAUCACCGAGGAGGCCCCGAAGAGCAAGGUCAAAGGGAAUUUCUUGAGCGGAGCGGUGUAUCUUGGUUUUCACAAUAGGGAAAGCGAUGGGUGGAAAACUAUUAAAGGCACCUCACUAGAAGACAGCGGCUACACGGGCUGGGGCAACCAGCAACCAGACGGCGGCGACAACGAGACCUGCGGCUCCAUGUUCUAUAACGGUCGGCUGAACGACCUCGGCUGCUUCCAACGGUGCUUCUUCAUAUGCGAACACGAUAUAGGCUUGCUUACUGGCGCUAUAGAGGAGAGAUUCGGGGACUGAGGUGCAGAAUUAGACCAGUUAACGCUGCACAUAUAGGCCACCAAACGAAGAAAUUACAGAGGAAAUUCGUGUAUAAAUAAGCCACCGUCGUAUUUUGCUACAGGUGAUUUAAGAGUUAUUUAUAAAAAGGGACCUUAAAACUCCCCCUACCCGUUAAUCUUCACCCCCACCCGCCGGUACUUUUAGUAUCUUGUUUAAUACACCAUUCCCUACAACCAUGCCAAAAUUGGCUUAUACACUAGUUAUUAAUUUCCCCCGAUUGGCAAUGUUUGGUGUUCGUUUAGUGUACUAAUACUUUGGAAUGACAAAAUGGGGUAAUAGUCUUUUUAUGAAAAUAUGACGAUAUAUGAUUAUUAUGAUUAUGAUACUUUGAAAAGUCAAAGUUGGUGAAGAGUUAGCUUAUUCCGACUGUAUUUAAGCACUGUUUAUAUAUCCCAGUUAUCUACUUGACAAAUUGACUUAAAAAGUUUAAUUAUAAAAGUUAAAUGACAGUUGGAUUGCCAAGUUUAGUAUCGAAUCUGUCAUUUUACUGCAAAUCGUUGGGAAGUUAAAAAAAAACAACGGGUUGCACUCCGGGAGUGCCGGCAGAAGUGAAAGCUCAAUGACAGUCUUACGUCUUCCGGUCACGUGACACCUGUUACGAGAUUAACAUUUUUUCCCCAUCACAAAAAGUGCACAGCGCCGCUAAAGAAGUUUUCACUUCAAAAAAUAUCGACACUGAAUCUGGCACUUUAGCAUAACGGGAUGUAAAACAGAAUUUAAUGUAGUCAAUACUAAGCAGUUACAAGUUUUGUAUCUGCAUUGCGAACUUGUGUCGUUCAUUGCCAUUGAUAAAGUAAUUGAGGGCCUACCGCAAACCACGUUCGACGUGUUGCCUCUCUGUCGCUCUUGUAAACUCGUACCUAAGUGUGACAGGGAGGCAACACGUCGAACGUGGUUUGUGGUAGAUGGUUGUUUCGAAUCGCCCGGUAAAAAGUAGCUUAGUUUGGUGCUAAAUGUACCUAGAUUAGGAAUGUAGGUAGUAGGUACCCAUUUAUUUUUUACUAUUCAUCUCAUUAUUUGUAAUUUGGUGUAAUCAGAAAAGCUGGUUGCACCGCGACUGUGACCCUCUGUUUAUCAAAUAAAAAAUAUACCUAAUCGUAGAAACCAAAUGUACAUAAUUUUAAUGAUAAACUUUGUUUAUUACAAUUAA